GUUUUUGUGUAUUAUUGUAAGUUAGAGGUUGAACUCACGCUGUACUGUAUGUUUCUUGAAGUUUUUACCGUCCUUUAUUAUGGGAUGCGACAGGAGAUGUACAUUCAUGUUAUGGAAUAUUUAUAUUGGAUUUUGUAGGUUUUUUGGACUGAUAACAGCUUUGGGUCUGUGGGGAGUUGGGGUAGAGGCAGCAUACUAUGGACAUUACCUGGGAUUCUACAUGAUUGUUGUAGCCAUCUUGGUAACAUUCUUAGAGUCUGUGUUUGCCAUCAACAUGUGUGUCCUAGUCUGUGUGGGUAAUGAUGACUCCACGUCACUAUGCCAGAGACUAUGGGAUGCAGUGUUAUGGAUAGACAAUUGGAAGAAGGGGGUCCUUUACUUCUGUUUCUCUAUACCCUGCUUUAUCCAGCCCCACACAGUGUGGAUGGGUAUCAUAUCAGGUGUCAUGCUCAUAUUUAGUAGUGUAUUUUAUGGAUUGAAAUCAUGUUACAAUGAGGAACAGUCAUUAGAAAAAGUAUCUCACAAUGCAACAUACGACAGAUUUGAUGAUAUACAAGAAGAUAUAGAGGAUAGUAUAUUGAAUCCCCCUGAGGGGGGGCCGGGGGUCCUGUCCCUAGCAGAUCAGCAGGAGAUUUUGGAGGUUUGAUGUCAGCUGUCUCCAUCAGUAGUGUGUUAUAGUGCUUCAUAUGUGUUGUCCCACAACAGUGCUCAUUGUAAACAAGUUGUGUAUGUGAGUGGUGUGGAAGUGAACUGUGUAUUUAUUUUAGUGACACCUUACAGAAGUUCUUAGAAUAGUUUUUGCCUUUUUGACAUAAAUAAGUCUUCUAAAUGCCGAUUUUAAUGCUCGCUUUUAGGAAGGUCUAAACAUUACUCACUGAAGAGUUCUAAUUCCUUGGUAGUUUCAUGCAGUUAGAGUGAUCUCUCCCUUGAUGUGAAGUUGAAUAAAUGGAAAUUUACAGUAAAUGACAUAAUUUUGAAUUAAUAGAAGUAUUCUUAUCAUUAUAUUAGAUCAAGAUAAAAUAAACUCAAUACAUUAUUUGCAUGUAGUUUGUAAGUAAAAGUGUUGUUUAUACAUUAAUACUUCAUUGUCUUAGCUCUGAGAACAUUUUGCCUGGAGAAAUAUAUGGCAGGUACAAUACCUCUCUCCAAAUGAACUAGAAAACUUUGUUAUGUACACCUUUAUAUAUGAUAUAAUUUUCUUUAAGUCCAAAUUUUUUUCCUUAGUGUUUAGAGCUUCCUGACACUUAAAUCAACACAGCCAACAGUGCAUAUAAAUGUUUUUGUUUUCAGAAAAAAAAAGUAUAAGUAACACAUUCUAGGAUGCAUUUUUAUACAAGGCUUAUACAGGCUUCUUUUUUUUCCUCGAAAAAUCUCUUCAUUUGCUCUUGGAUCAAGCAUUUGAGAUUCUGAUAUGCUGCAUUGUAACAAUUUUGAUCCUGUGUAUACCUAUUGUAUUUUAAUUCUGAAUGGCAUUAUGCUGCUGUAUUUUUGGGUAAAGCUUAUAAUAGCUAUGUACCUCAGGGGAGUUAACUGUAUGUCUUGAUUUUAUAAAUUUUUUUUCUAGAACAACUGGUACAGGUUAUGAGUGAAUAUUCUGUGCUCCUAGACUUUUAUGAAGUGUGUUUUACUGGUUUUGCUAAUUAUCCUGUAAGCAAUCUUGAAGUGUAUGUCUGUGUGAUUAUAUAUUACAGAAUAACUGCCACCUGGUGGUCUUUCAGUGAUCAUAUAGAAUAUUGUAAUAAUAUGAGAUCCUGUGCUACAUUUUUAGUGUUGUUUUGUAUGUAAUGAUCUCUUAUUAGAAUUACUCUGUCGAUCUGAACACACCACUGCAUUAUUUAUUUUGUAUUUUCUACAUGUAUAUAAUUAUAUAUAGAUUUAUAUUUGGAACUCUCUUCUUAUAUGAUUAGAAUCUCAUUAAACAUACCGGUUUGCAUAAUUGCUUUACUUUCCAACAAAGGAACAAAACAUUUCCUGAUGCUUAUUUAUGAAUACUCUUGUAUUUUCUUUUACAAUUACUAUCUUUUUUUAUUUAUGAAAUUGAAUUUCAAACUUCUUUUUAUUUUAGCCUCUGAGAUUGAUAUUUAUAGGAGGGUUGUCCCAAAACUUUGUAGACAAGUGUCAUUUUUCUGGGAACCAGGUUUUACAUUUAAUGGAAAAUAAAACAUUUAAGUAACCAAUAAAUUCAGUUUUAAUAUAUGGAAUAAUUACACAGGGUUACCCUACUUAAUUAAAUAAGAUCCUUAAUUGAAUGAUUGGAGCAAGAUGGCAGUACAUUGCCAAAAAAUUACAUCUUUGAUAAGUUUGAAAUAUUAAAUCAAAAGAAAAAGACAUCACUAGUCAGAAUUUGAGAGAUAUGAUUCUCUUUUAGAUAUGAAUUAUGUAACCGAUUUUCUAUUAGAUAUGAAUUAUGUUACCAAUUUUGUCAUUUAUUACUUACUUUUUAAGAGUUUUAUUUAUAGUUUGAAAAAUAGUGGCAGUGUAAGCUUAGGCAUUGCUCCAGGAUUUUAUUGAAUUUUGUGAACUAGGAAGUAUUAGUAAUUAGUAGUAUUACUGUUUUUCCAUUUUUAAGUUAUAAAAAUUAUACAAAUUCAAAUGUAUCUCUAAAUUAGUUAAUUUAAAGGAAAUGAUCUAGGUUAUGAUUGCACUAUUCCAAAAAAGCAUAACAGUACCCCAACAGUCGUAUUAAUUUUCUCGACAUCAGAGAUUGUGUUAGGUACAAGAUAUAGGGCAUGGAAUUUUGUAUUUUGAAUUUAGGGAUAUGAUUCGGGUUAUGUUUUCAUAAUUCUGAAAUAACAUAAUAGUACCCAGCAGCAAUAUUUAUCUUGUUUGACAUGAGAGAUUGUGCUAGGUAGGAGAUGGUAAUGACACUAACAUUUGAAAUAAGCUUUUUCAAAUAUUCUUGCGCAAAGUUAGUAUUUUGUCAACCUUCCCAUCCCUCCUCCCCCCCCCCCCCCCCCCACAUACACCUUUUCCUCCUACAGAGAGAGAGAGAGUAAGUGCUGAGCUCAGAAUAUUAUUUUCAGAUAAUUUUUGAAAAAGUAUGCCCCCAGUCUUGAAAAUUUUGGGACAACCCUCUUCUAAUUUGUUCAUGUGGAGAUUAAAAUAAUUUUUUAAAAUUAAACAGAGAUGUGUCAAUAUUGACUUGAAAGAUGAAAUGUUGUUUUAGAUGGUUUUUCUUUUAAUGAUAAGGCAUGAUAAUAUUUACCCAAAAUCUGUAUAUCAGUCUGUUUGAAGUUCACUGAUUCUUUUUAAUCUUAAUGUGAUAAGUUGAGAAAACUAAUCUGACCUGAAAUACAUCAGUUUGGGAAUAACAUUUAAUUUAGUCAUGAUGCUUUACUAUAAUGAACUAAAAUCUUAUAUGAACUAAAAUCUUAUAAGGUCACAUAUUUACGUAUUCAUGUAUCUCUUCAAGAUCUUAUAAUCUCUUUAAAUCUUUGGUGAUGAACGGGAGGGGUUGGUAGAUUGUAAAUGUAAUGCAUUGGAAUUUAAUAAUGUAUGUAGAGGAUAUUUAAUGUUUAAAUUUAGAGUUGUAUAUGGAAGUUAUGUAACAAGUGUGACAUGAUCUUUAAAAUUUUUUCACAAGAGCAAAGGCACUCAUGUAUAUAAAAAAAAUCUGUCUUAUGAUUAAAAUAAUUUAUAUAUUAUUUUCACAGUAUAAAAUAUUAAUUCAGUGGAUAAAUCACAGUUUUUCAAUGUUGAAAUUAUGUAAUAAAAUUUUACAAUUCAGUUUUUGAGAUAUAAUCCAUUUAAUAUUUGAAUGUAUUUAAUUCAUUCAGCAUGUUAAGACUGUUACUAAUAAGUUUCUUUACAGGUAGAAUUUUAAGUUGUUAGAUUGGUAGAUAUAUCCUUCUUUUAAGACAAAUAUCCAUGGAUUUAUUUUGUGAGUGUUUUCUGUGUCAUGUACAUUCCAUGCCUUCUGUUGCGGAAAUGAAAAGAGUUUGAAGAGUGAUCCCAUAAGCUUGCAAUAAACCUGUUUUAGUAUAAGGUUCAGUUCACAGUGAGCUAGAUUAAUGUAUUGGUGUUCAAAGUCCUUAUAAAUGUUUUGCUUAGAGAGAUGAUGUUAGAUUUUUUUAUUAUGGAAUAGCCUUCGUGUCACUUUCAAAUUUUCUUCCAUUUGAAGUAGUCCACACAAUUAAAAGUAUUAUAAAUCCAAUUAUUCACAAUGAAAUGAUUACUGGUUCUGUAAAUUUGUUUACUUAAUUUUAUAGAGAUUACAAUGCAUGUACUAAGUACUCUGUCAGUGCUAACAAAAAUUAUGCAUUUUCCUUUUGGAAAAAUCACACAAAAAACAAAACAUAAGUUUUGUUGAAAUUGUUUUAUUGAGAUCCUUACAAAAGACAAAAGUUUGGCUUUAAACCUUGAGACAAAAUAUAGUCCUUAGGGAACUAAACAAAACACUGCCUUUUAUUACGAGUUACAAAGAACCUGAUCUGUUAUGUAUGGUAUAUUGACUGUAAGAGGAGAAUCAAAUUGAUCUGGUGUAGGUCUGCAUAAUUCAUCAAUUCAUUAAUGUGAUCCCUCAUUACUAAUUAAACAUCAGUAUGAAUUUAAUUAAGCAUUUUUCAGAAAACUUUGUUGAUGAUUUUGCUAUGAUGUUAUGAGUUAUAUAUUUAAGGGUAUCAUGGUAUCUUAAAAGAUACAGACUUACAUUUUAAAAUUUUUGCUGUAUGUUUUAAAAAAAUGCACCAUAAAAAAAGCUUAAAAUACA